AUGUUGUUAAAUAGCCCAAGUAGCAAACCCUUGGGUGUCCAAUUAGUGGAAAUGGUUUGCGUGACCGAUGUGAAAGGUGCAGUGGAGAUAAAGUUGACUUUGAGAAUCAACGAGACGAAAAUCUAUGAUGGCACAGCUCUAUUUUCAAGUACCGUCAAUUCCAGAAUGUUGGAAACAAGAUUGGCUUUGACCAUUCAUGGUAUGAAAGUUUUCCGAAUAGAGUUCAGCCACGAUGUUCACGGGAGAAUUUCUCAAACGAGAACUUAUACCAAGAACUAUACGUGGGACGGUGAUGGGCAGCUUUUGGGAGUUGAAGCGCAAGAACCAUGGGGAUUCAGAUAUGACGAUAUGCUUUAUUUAACCUACAGGUGA